UUUACAAUUCUCAACAAACGCCAAAAAGACAGGCUGCAGUCUCCCUCUGCCCUUCUUCAGCCACAUCUUCGCCGCUUUCUCUUCUCUAUAAAUUACUAUCACCCAAAAUUCCACACUCUCACAGCAUACUCACGCAGCACACAAUAAUCCCUAGAAGAAAUGAAGGCUUCAAUCAAAUUUAGGGAUGAGCAUACGCCAUUGCUCAGAGCUAAAAUCCCACUCAAUGUUAUGAAUUUCCCCUUUCAGUCCGGCGUUUCCGCUGGCGAUUCGAAAGAAUUAUCCCUAAACCUUAGAACUUUUCUCGAUUCCGGCCCCUCUAUCAAAUUUUCCUACCGCCCAAAUGAUUCGCAAAAACCUUUCAGCUUUGUUUUCAAAACCGGGAUCGGGCAUUUCGGCUCGCCCAGUAAAAGCCCUCUGUGGAUGUCCGCCGAGUUCAAUUUAGUCGGGAAUCAAACCCCUAGAUUCUUCAUCCACUUCAAGCCUGAUUUGGGCGAUUUCUCGCUGAAGAAGUCACACUCAUCGGCCUCCGUGAAGAAUCUAGGCGAGAAAUUGAACGCCGGCCGCGAGGAUUUCGUGGAUAGCAACUAUUUUAACGGGAACGGAUUCUUCCCGGGGGCGGAGUCGAAGAAGGCGGGGAUGGUGUUGGACGGGCUGCUGAAAGGCGCUGAGCUGACCGCGAGGACGUCGGUGCCGCUGCGCGAUUUCGCGAUGGUGAAUCUCAGGUGGGGGUUUAGGGUUCCGCCGCGGGAGGCGGCAGAGGAAAUCGAUGCUGUGGUGGUGGGGAAGGCUGGUGAUCGGAUGGCUGGAAUUAGACUGCCGUACUUGGUGAUGGAUAAAAUUGGGAUUGAACAAGUGGCGAGAGCUGAUUCGAAGAAGGAGAAAUCGGGUCCCGCAUACAAUGACGUGGCUGAGGCGUGUUUGGGGGUGAAGAAACAGCUUGAGGUGAUUCAAGCUGAGAAUGGGCGGCUGAGCAAGGCUUUGAUUGAUUUGAGAUCUGACGUGGCAGCCGGGAAAAUGAAUAUAUUUUCCGAUCACCACCGGAGCAAGUAUGCCGCCGAUGGGAGAGGCGACAGUGAUAAGACAUCAAUAGAGAAGGAGGCAUUUUGAAGGGUGUUUAAAUCUGUUGAAGGUCUAUUGAUAUUUUGUUACCUAUUUACCUAUAAGUUUUUUUUAGUGUGAUUGAAGUUAUUGGAUCAAUAUAGGUGGUUGUAAAUCGUGGAGUCGAUUUCAUUUUGCAUUUAUCUAUAGACUUAGAUAAAAAUUCAAAUUUUGUUA